AUAUCAGCGCAGACAGUGGCAGAGAUUUGUUGCAAAUUAUACAAGAGAAAUAUUUUUUACCCUACUGCUCUCGGAGCCUUUUCAAAGGAAGAACAAUUAUGGGAUGUUUACAAAGUAAGGCGUCGGAUAAGGGAUUUAAAGAUCCACCAGCCAAACAGCUGGAUUCUCGUUUACCCUUUGAAAAUUAUAGGCAGUUCUUUAACUUUAAAAAUUCUUGGAAAACUGUAGCAAGGAAAACGGAUGCGUGUGCUCAGGAGAAUAUGUUACUCUUUUUUGAACGCUUCCCUCAACACAAAGCUUUGCACACGGAUUUAGCGAAUUUAUCUGAGGAACAAUUGAAAAUGAGUAUGGCUUUUCAAAAUCAAUCAGAAGCAAUCUUUAAUCUAUUCGACGAUGUUCUUCAAAAAUGUGAUAAUAACGUCGACGGGGCAAUUAGAGAUUGUUUAGUUGCGGGAGAAAAACAUAAACAUAUCCCUGGAUUUCAACCAGAAUAUUUUAAAGAUAUGGAAGAUACGUUUCUACAAGCUUGCCGAACUGCUUUAGAAGACAGAUUCUCAGAGGCAACUGAGCAAAACUUUAAACAUUUCUACGGCUUCGUCACCCAACAAAUGUGCAGAGCUUUGGGAUCUGAGAAUAAUCGUAUUUGA